AUGCCUAAUGAUUCCUUGUUAUCCAGACUAGAGUCUCCUAAAAAAACACCCAAGCCAUCUGGAUCUCCGAAGAAAGCGUCACAGGCCAAGUCUGCCGGCGAGCAGUACAAGAUCCUUGAUUACUCAGUCAAUAUCUUUAGCAAUACCCCUGGUUUCCAGACUUUGAAUCUUGAUGAUAUAUAUUUGGAAUCCAACUUUGAAGACGACGAGGACGAGCAGAACCUGGAGAUUUUGGAGCAGUGCGUUGAGUUCUUGCUAAACACCAAGUUCGACUUCUUAUCGAAAGCUAGAUUGUCCUCCAAGACCAAGGCCAAGCUCUCUGCUCUGCGGGCUUCGUAUCCCAACGUGGUUACCAUAAACCAGAUGUAUGCGAUCCUGCCCAAUAUGGAGACGUUUGUUGAUUCUCGGGUCGAGAAACUUGCGCUACAGGGCCGUUUAAAGCUUAUCACGCAUCCACAGGCAAACGUCCGGUACAUUAUUCGCACUCAAGACUUGAAGAGUCUUAUCAAACAUCACACCAAUUCAGACACCAUCAGUUCCCGAUUUGUGGAUCUUUUGCGGGACAUUCCCAACGUGGAGGCGAUCCCAGCCUCAUUGCUUGCAGAAAAUGGACUCAAUGCCAGAAUCCUUAUUGACUCCGGAUUUCUGACAUUUUCAUCCAAGAGCGAGUGGUUCACUCUGACUUUGCCCAACUUGGGGCCCUUUUGGCGACUGGUGCGUAGCUCGAACGUCGCCAUCUACAAAGCAAUCAAAGCAACCAAGUUUGAACAGAUAUUAGAAGACGAUCUACGGUUGAAGUACGAGGUGAAUCAAAGCAACUUCGUCAAUCUCUUCAACUUUCUUCAACUUGGCAAGCUCGUUCUCUCUGGUCUUCUUUGGCCUACGGUUGAGUUCACCAAUGAAAAAGCCCUUGCUGAUGACGUACUCAAUGAAAUCAUUGAGCAGGAACUUCAGAAGCUCGUUGGAAGCCUCGAGGUCUGCAGAAGAUUGAGGAAUCUUCAUCUGGACAACGAUUCUCUUGCUCUUGACCAAAUCAGCGACAAGUUCCGGCUUCUCAGCAGGCUGGUCGGUGAUGGCAAUGAAAGACAGGAAACCUUUGCAUUUCUCGAGAAUGGAGUUGAACUUCUUGUGGUACAGAACCUCGUUCAUCUCUGGAACCUCGUUCAUGAAAACGAACUCCAAUGGCAGCUUGGCCGACUCGGCGGUUCUGGUCAACGAAAGGAAGUAGUUCUCGUUUCUGAUACUGUUCAUGUUAUCCUUGGAAACAAUGGCCCAGAUGAAGUCGUCGUACUUGGUGCUUGCUUCCUUAUCAAUUUGGAAAACCAAAUCAACAACGUCCUUGGUAGAAGACGCCGAGUCGAUGAAGAAGCUGAGAAGAGAUUCCAUGAUCCACACGAAAAUGUUCUGUCUUGGCUGCAACUUGAUUUUGGCAGUCAACGACUCGAUGUUGAGUCUACCUGUAGCGUAAAACGAAUAGUUCUCUGCAUCGUCUUUAGCAAGCAACUGGGAUCUGGUGACACCAACCUGGUAGAAUUGUUCCUUUAA